AUGAAUAAAAUAUUGUUAUGUGUCGAAGGUGUAUCUCAUUGGCGUUGUUUAUCUGAUUAUACAAAUCGUUCAUAUUCAAGUUCAGCAUUAUCUUAUUAUAAAUUAUCUGAAUCAAAUCAAAUAAAUAAAUGUUGUUCAUUUGAACAUUUAGUUAGUAAUUGGAUUGAUAAAACAAAUGAUUUAAAUGAAGAAUCUCAUUAUGAAUAUUCACGUUGUUUUGCUCAUUUUGAUCGAAAUAAUAAACGUUGA